GUGCACGAGGAGAGGAAAGUUCUGGAGGAGCGACGAAUCACCCAGACCAUGGUGGACAAGAAAAUCGUUCGCAACGAGAGCGUGCGCAGCAAAAUGAGCAACAGAAGCGUGGUUUCGCAGAAGUCCUCAGGCUUCCGCCUGAUCGACCAUGCUGCGCAUCUCCAUCCCCACCACACCAGCCAGGGCCAGAAUGACGAAUCCAGCUCAGUCUACAGCAUCUACAAGCAGAAAAUCGACAGCAUGUUCGAGUCGGACUCCAGUGGCGGCACGCACAAAUCGAACAGCGUCCAGGCCAAGAUCGAGCAAAUGUUCAGCGACGUGGCCAACGACAGUGGCGUGUCGGCUCAGCAGAUGGGCGUCCAUGCGUUUUCCAUCGACUACUUGGGCAGCGUUCCAUUGCAGGAGAAAGUCACCAGCUUGGCCGGCCUGCAACGCCCCCUCAAGGACCUGUAUUUCGCCUACAAGAAGCUGGCCAGAAGCAAAAAGGGGCUCUCCGGCCGGUUGGAGAUCUCGCCCCAAGGGCUGCGCGUCCAAUAUCAAGGCCCCGCUGGGGACCUGGAGCAGAUGAACUCGUUCCCCACCAUAGCAGUGUGGUCGGCAGUGAAGUUCGUCAUCCAGGAGGGCGGCUCCAUGUUGCACGGCAAGGACCUCUCUUACGCCUUCAUGCCUCUGAUCACCGACCCGGACAACAUGGACAAGCAGGCGCUGUUUAGGGGCUUGGAGGAGCCGGAGAAGAAGUACAUAGUCAAUGAGCAGCACUCGCCCCUCUUUGCCGUCGUCAUGAGGAAGAUUGGAGUGCAACGACAGCUGGAGUGUCAUGGGUUCGUGUGCCAGACUUCAGAGGACGCGAUUGUGAUCGCGGCCACCCUGUACAAGGCGCUGGUCAACCACAUGAAGAGCAAAGAGCGGAAGCCUAAGAACAAGAACGGCGUGACGACGUGCAUGUCCACCGCCUCCAGCACCAUGGUAGAAAAGGGUCCCUCUAUGCCAAUCCGGCCGCCCAGGCGGAAACGCAGCAGCGCCGCUUCUUCCAUAUGCAGCGACACCAACGUUUCAGACACGCAGCCGCUGCUUCCAGCCAAGCCGCCCAAGAAGAGCACCAAGUCAAAGAAGGCGCCCAAGGCGCCCGCGCAGCAAGACGUGGACGCCAUCAUGCCCUACGAGGAGCCCGUCACAAUCAAACCGACGGUGGACAACGCUGAAGACGAGGCGAAGCCCAAGAGUUUCAGCGACAAAGUGAGCACGUACAUGAGCAAGGAGCAGAAGCAGAUCACAGCGGAAAUCAAGCAAAUGGUGAGCGACAGCAACAAGGGCCUGAAGAGGGUGCAGAGCAUCCGGAAGCGAAACGAGGACGCUGUGCGGCAGAAGGAGAACUCCGGGGACAUUUUCACCAAGGUGACCAUUCCCAGGUCGGGCAGUUUCCUCAACACCGGCGGCCUGACGCGCUACAAGAACAAAGCGUCCAGGAAUAACGAAUCGGCCACCGGCGGCUCCCCACUGGGCUUCAAGGAGAUCUUCCACGAACUGUCGAUGCAAGAGGGGCUGCACUCGAUGGACGACAUUCUCUCGGUGAUCAUCGACCCGGACGGGAUGUCCUUCAACGACCUGAAGCCCAUCUACAAAGAGUUCCUCCUCAAACUGGCCGUUACCCUCACCAAGGACGAGCUCUAUCUCAAGAGCAAAAGCAUCAUGCGCCGCCAGCGCAAGAAAACCAUCAAAAAGACUGCAACUGGGAAGAAGCACCCGAACAAGCUGGUGUCGGGCAAGUUCAAGCGGCUGAAGCACAUUUUCCAGAAGAGCUUGAAGCCUCCGAGCGGGCCGAAGCUGCUGGAGGGCCGCAGUAGACCUGUGGAGCUUCAGCAGGCUGAAGCGCGGAUCGACGCCAAAGUGCCCGAGAGCAGCAUCAGCACCUCUUCGUAUGACACCAGGCCCUUUCGGCCCAAGGAGGAGCUGAGCAAUAAGAAGCCCAACUACCGCAAGAAAAUGCACGGCGACUUCAGCAAGGCGAGGAGGCGCGAUCGCGCCAGCACCAGCGAGGAAUCGGACUUCUUCUCUUUGAAGCGCCAGCAGAGGCUCAACAAGUACCAGAACAUGCAGGCGCUGGCCACUAUGCAGAACCGCAACUCCUCCUCAGGGUACGUGUCCUGCUCCGAGUGCUCGUACGAUUCGGACACCUGCACCUGCAUAUCGGCCGAUAAGUGCUACUGCAGCUUGGGGCAACGCCCCUUCGGGAACGGAAGAAGAGAGAAGGGCAUGGGCGGCGCAGACCCCAGCCUGACCUACUGCGACUGCGACACCGACUCCUGCGCAGAGUCAAACAAGUGCUACUGCCAAUGCAGCAGCCGGGCGCGACACGCGCAUCACCCCAAGUGCCGCAAGGCGGCGCACAGCGAGCAACACCGCAAGCUGUGCAAGAACAACUCCAACACCAAAAGCACCAGGAGCUUGGAGUACAUGUCCAAUCCAAGUGAAGGGUACUACGAGAGGCUGCGCAGCAAGCAGAAGUACGGCAGCGAGCGCGUCCACUCCAGCUGCGCCCCUCGGGAUCUGCUGCAGCAGAAGAGGCGCAACAGCCAUUCGGGGUUGGCGGUCACCGACAGCAUCGUCGCCAUGCAGAACUUCCAGCUGGGGCUGAGCGGCCAGAAAAUGUCCGCCAUGGACUACGAGCUGCUGAAGUUGGCUCGCGAUGGAGGCCUGCAGGAGCUUGCGCAGUUGCAGAGCGGCACAGCGUUGUGCGCCAACGUCUGCGACUACUGGCACGCCACCAGAAGCACUGGCACAGACCCAGGAAUGCAAAAGGUUCAGUCGGCAAUCACCACUGGGGCCUGCACGGACGCCCUCUCGGUGAAAAAGUCCGCGGAAAUGGCUGCGCUCUUCGCCGACAUGAAGCUGAGCCAAACCACCGAUAUCACCCACUUGGUUCCUGCGGGCUUCGAGGUGGACAGACGCAACCUCUACAACAUGGAGAAGUCGCUGCAAGCCAAAUACAG